AUGGGGUGCGCUUUCUCUGAAUCUGAAAAUAACGCAUUACACCCACAUUCUGGAAUGGCCUCGAGUUAUAACCAUAAUCGACAGAGAAAGAUUAAUCCAGAUAUAAGUUAUGGUCCUGAUGAGACGGAUCUCAUUGAGUCUUUAUUGAUUAGUUGCGGUAAUAAUACUUUAAUCGAUCGUUUGCUUGGUUGUGCGUAUGGACAGGCAUUGGGAGAUGCGUAUGGUUUAUCCACUGAAUUCGAAACUUAUGAAAGAAUUGUAGAAAACUAUCCGGAAAAAUCUAAGCUUAUUCCUUUUCCAGACUAUAAGCUAACAGGACAUUCAUGUCGAUGGGUACAAGGCGACUGGACUGAUGAUACCGACCAAUGGAUAUUAAUUCUUGAGACUAUUCUAGAAAGCAAUGCAGAUGAAAAAGUAUUUGCAAGAAAGCUAAAAGAUUGGAUUCGUCAUGGUUUUCCUGUAUUAGGUGAUCAAGGUGGCAUGGGACUAGGAGCUAAUGUCAGUCAGGUAGUUUCCAGACCAGAUUAUCUUGAUGAUCCAAUCGAAACUAGCCGAUCGGUUUGGGAAAAAGGUAAUCGUAAAGCGGCACCCAAUGGAGCUGUUAUGCGUUGUUCUGCUGUUGCUCUUGUCUAUUACAAUGAUCUAGAGAGGCUUAAAUCAAUCACGAUCUCUAUGUGUAAAACAACACAUUGUGACCCUCGUUGUAUCGCAUCAUGUCUAGCUGUUUGCUUGGUCGUUGCUGAACUUAUAAACAAGAAUGUUGACGGUGAUAGUAUUGAAUCAAUUGUUAGAAAGUCUCAAGAAGAAACAAUUCGAAUUCUCGGAACUGAUUUUCCGCAAGAUCAAAUCGAGGCAUUUCUAUGGCAUACAAAUGCAUCUCGAACUCUUAACGAUUUACAAUUAGACGAGCACGGAAAAAUCGGGUAUACAUACAAGUGUUUAGGCUCGGGAUUUUACGGUUUACGGUCAAAACUUUCAUUUCAACAAACUUUAAAUGAUUUGAUUCGACACGGGGGCGAUGCAGAUACCAAUGGUGCUGUCUGUGGAACAAUGUACGGAGCGCGAUAUGGCUACAGUAAACUACCUGCUGAGUGGUUACGAGCGAUGCCAUACAAGAAAUGGUUUGACAAGAAAAUAAUUAGCUGUCUCCAACAAAUAAAGGUGAUUGAGAGCAAAAAAAUCAGUACACCACUGUGA